GUACUUUAUUUUUCCGAGUAAUGAGGAUUGUCGGAAGCCAAUUGAAGAAAAAAACAAACAAACAAAACCAAAACCAAACCCAGAAAUAACCACAGUACCAGCAAGUGUAACCAAUGAAUCCCACCAAGUCACCCUUAGUUUAACCCAUUACAGAGACCCACAAUAAACCAAUUUCUUCUUCUUCGUCUUUAACCUCAAAUCUUUCUCUAAUGUUUCCUUUCGACCAAAACGAUGGUUCGUCUCAUCAGAUCCCUUGUACUACCCACCACCAACAACAUGAUAUCAAUCAAGAUCUGAUCUUUUCUGGUCUUGAUGCUCUUGAACUUGAAAGAAUUAAUAAUUCUACUACCAACCACUUGAGCUAUGAUCAUACAAGUACUAGUGUUAUGGAUAAAGAUAAGAAGAUCAAACGUAGCGACACCGAAAGGAAAAGAAGACGCGAAAUGAAUACUCUUUGUGCUUCCCUUCGAUCUGAGCUGCCACUUGAAUACAUCAAGGGUAAGCGUUCAACUUCAGAUCACAUUGAAGAGGCAGUGAAUUAUAUAAAAACUUUGGAAAAGAAUAUCCAAGAAUUAGAUCACAAGAGAGAUGAGCUGAAGAAAUCUUCAAAUCCUGAGGAUGGAAGCUCAAGUUACUUUACAGUAGGCCCUUGUUUGGGAGGAGUGAAAAUUGUGUUCAGUUGUGGCUUCGAUGAAGAAAAAUUGCAGCUGUCAAGAGUAAUGGAAUUUCUGCUCGAAGAAGGACUUAAUGUUGUUACUUGUGUUUCCACCAAAGCAAAUGACAAAUUACUACAUACCAUCCAGUGUGAGGCGACAGAUCUGAAGUGCUUCAAUCACUCUGAGCUGCAACAAAAGUUGAACAAUGUUGUAACCGAUCCUUGACAUAAAUCUGGAAGUAGCUUGGUGUUUGGAGUCAGGGUGAUUCUGCGACAUAUUUUCUGGCCGAUUCAUGUUUUCUCUCAGUUUUCUGAGUCUGGAGAAUGUUAAAAAUUGGCCAACUUUUCUGAACUUGGUUGGUUUGGGGUUGGAACGUAUGUGUUAAGCAUAUUGAUUCUGUAAUCUUUUUUGUGUAACAGCUUCUCUAUAUUUAAUAUCUGAAUCUGAACUCUUCAUGGAAGAUCCAGAUGUUCAAAUGCUUACCAGUUUGCUAGCUUUGGGUUUUGAGAGAUUUAUAAAUCUGUAAACAAUCUGUCGGGGAAAUGUGUAAUCGAAUUUCUAUAGUUUUCAUAAGUUGAUUAUC